AUGUCUCUCGCCGAGGAGCUUAUGGCAGAUUUCGACGACGAUGAUGACGAUGAUUUGGAAGAUAUUCCAGAUCUGGGGGAAAAUUUAAAAGGAGUGAAAAAGGAGGAGCUCGACGAUGAUGACAUUGAAGAGGCGACGGAAGAGCCGAUGGAUACGUCGAAAUACUCUUCUGUGCAUGAUGUAGCGAAAUUGGCGAGAUCUGAAGAGUAUAUGGCACUGGUGAAACAAUUGGAAGUGGAAUUGAAGAGACCACAGGAUGAAGUGAAGGUUACGGCGCCACUUGAGGCGGAUCCACAGUAUAAACUCAUUGUGAAACUGUCACAUGUAGCCGCGGACAUUGACAACGAGAUCAACGUGAUCCACAAAUUCGUGCGUGACAAGUACGAGAAACGAUUUCCGGAACUCGAGACUCUCGUCCCGACUGCUCUCAACUAUCUGGCCACUGUUCAACUUCUCAAAAACGAUAUUAAUAGUAAAGCACUGAAAGAGCAACUCGGUUCAAUUCUAGACGCUUCCACUUGUAUGGUAGUCAGUGUGACGGUUUCAACGACUCAAGGUGUCAAGUUGGAGCCAGAUGAGCUGAAAACAGUGAUGGAUGCGUGUGAUUUGGCGGCUCAAUUGCAUGUAAACCGUCUGGAAAUGCAUCAACUCGUCGAGUGGCGUAUGUCUCUGAUCGCUCCGAAUCUUGUCGCUCUCCUCGGCGCCGCUACCACUGCUCACCUCGUUUCUCAGGCUGGUGGUCUCUCUCCUCUCGCUACAAUGCCCUCUUGUAAUGUCCAAGUUCUUGGAAAAACUAAAAAGAAUCUCAUUGGAUUCUCGACGGUUUCUACGAAUCCUCACCAUGGAUUCAUCUAUUUCCAUCCGUUGGUUCAGGCGAUGCCACCGGAUUUGAAGAAUAAGGCGGCCAAGAUUCUGGCGGCUAAAGUCACCCUCGUGGCACGGAUUGAUGCACAACAUGAGAGUUCGAAUGGGGAGAAGGGACAGGAUUUCUUGAAUUUGGUUAAUAAUAAAUUUGAGAAAAUGUUGGAACCACCACCGGUUAAGGCAAACAAAGCGUUGCCAAAACCGCUGGACAAGGCGAGUAAAAAGCGUGGUGGCCGUCGAAUGCGUAAGAUGAAAGAGCGUCUCGGAAUCACUGAAAUCCGAAAAUCGGCGAAUCGAAUGAAUUUCGGAGAGCUCGCCGAAGAUGUGAUGCAAGAACACAUGGGAUUCGAUAUCGGACAAUUGAAGACUGGAAAUGUGACGGGCGGUCGAAUCAGGGCGGCAGCUGUCGAUCAGAAGACUCGUGCCAGAAUGUCACAGAAAAUGAUGAGACAGAUGGAGAAACAGAAGGCUCAAGGGGGGAUGACGAGUAUUCGCAGUAAAAUGGCCGGUACCGCGUCGUCGGUGACGUUUACACCGGUCCAGGGGCUGGAGAUUAUCAAUCCGGCGGCCCAAGAGCAGCAGCAGAGCUCGUCCACAUCGAAUUACUUCUCAUCGAGUGGAAGUUUUGUGAAUAUUGAUCGGAUGACACUAUGA